GAGUAAGUAUCGAAUUGCAAGACCAAUUACAAAAAAAAAAUAUGAUGUCAAUAAAAUUUAUUCAUCGUAUCAAUAACGUUGUAUAAAUUAAAUAAAAUAACGAUUUGCAGAGUUGCAGAACAAUAUCAAAUGAUAUCUGACCGUGCUUUGAGCACGCCUAAUAAUACAGCCGAAUUGAUAGUGCUUAAAAAUUUUAUUAAGAUGAUUUUAGAAGUGACUUUAAAGAAUUUGGAAGACAAACUUCGCGAAAUAAUCGACCAUAUCCUGAUAUUGUCCAAUUAUCAUUGUAUUACGGAUAACGAGAUAUAUAUCAACAACAUUACGUUUCAAUGGUACCAUAAGAUACCUCAAAUUUUGGAAGAAAACGAAUCCAUCGUUGGACAUAAGACAUUAGAAUUUCAACAGGCAUUAAGAGUUAGGUAUAUUAAGUUCGAAGAGGAAUUGGAAUCUUGCGCGAAACAAGUGGACGAGAUCGAAAAUUGGGGAGACAUCGCGGAGGUUUACAAAUAUCAGAAAAGGGCGCAAAUUUUGGAAAAUCGUUUGAUCGUUGCCAUGGAUAAGAUCGAUAAGUUUAACGAAGAGGAAGCUGCGUUUGGUUGGGAAAUAACGCAAUAUCCGCGUCGCAAACAGAUCGCUGAUCAAUUAAAGCCCUACAAGCAACUGUUUGACGUGAUUUGCGAUUUUUUGACUAAGCACGAUAAAUGGUUAAACUCGAUGGUCGGUACAUAUUAUCCCGAAGAAAUUGAUAACGACGUAGGAAUAGCAUUCAGAUUGAUCUACAAAUUGGAGAGAAGUUUUCAAGAGCCAGCUUUGAGACAGCUGGCGGCAGGUGUGCGGGAUAAAAUAGAAGAUUUCAGGGAAAAUAUGCCGAUCAUUUAUACGCUCGGCAAUCCGGCUUUGAAGGAACGUCAUUGGGAACAAAUUUCGGCGAUCAUAAAUAUUCCUAUAAAAGUCGAUGCCGAUCUAACCUUGGCGAAGAUCAUCGAAAUGGGACUACUCCCUCUCGUCAGUCUGUUCGAGAGCAUCUCGGAUAAUGCCUCGAAGGAGGCCACGUUGGAGAAGGCUAUGGAUAAGAUGGAGAAGGAUUGGGCCGAUUUAUAUUUCACCGUUAAUCCUUUCAAGGACACCGGUACAUACGUCAUCGCUGGUGUCGACGAUAUACAACUUCUUCUGGACGAUCACAUCGUUAGAACGGUCACCAUAAAGAAUUCGCCAAACAUAAAACCGUUCGAAGAAAGAAUACUGAAAUGGGAGUAUAAGUUGCAUUUGCUGCAAGAUAUUUUGGACCAGUGGCUCCGCGUCCAAGCAAUCUGGAUGUACUUGGAGCCGAUCUUUACAUCCCCGGAUAUUCAACAACAGAUGCCAGAGGAGGGGAGAAAAUUCUCCGCUGUGGAUAAAACUUGGCGCGACAUCAUGAAGACUGUUUACGCUGAUUCUAGGGUUUUCGCGGUCAUCGAGAUCGAUAAGAUGUUAGAGCGGUUAAAGAAGAGUUACGGAUUGUUAGAGGAUAUCCAAAAGGGUUUGAACGAAUAUCUGGAGAGGAAACGUCUCUUCUUCCCGAGAUUCUUCUUCCUGUCCAACGACGAGUUGUUGGAAAUUUUGUCCGAGACGAAGGAUCCGACUCGCGUGCAACCACAUUUGAGAAAGUGUUUCGAGGGAAUACAUUCGUUGAGGUUCGACGAAGAUCUCGAGGUGCUCGCUAUGCGGUCAACCGAGGGUGAAGAAGUAGACCUGAUAGAGGCGAUAUCCACUCUGGCUACGAGAGGACAAGUAGAGAAAUGGCUGAUCGAGUUGGAAAGAAUCAUGAGACUGAGCAUAAGGAACGAAGUGUAUCUAGCUAUACAGGCGUAUCCCACGAAAGAGAGGAGGUUGUGGGUUUUGGAUUGGCCGGGUCAAACGAUACUCUGCGUCGGUAAAACGUACUGGACUCUACGCAUAGAGCAAUCCAUGUUGCUCGGUGUAGAAGGGCUGAACAGAUACUUGGACCAAUGUCAGAGGGAAUUGAACGAGAUCAUAUUGCUGAUCAGAGGCAAAUUGACGAAACAGAAUCGCAUCACUCUAGGUGCUUUGGUCACGUUGGACGUCCACGGGAAAGACACUCUCGCGGGAUUGUGCAAAGACCACGUGGUGAAGAACACAGACUUCAAAUGGUUGUGCCACUUGCGCUAUUAUUGGCUGGAAGACAACAUGUGGGCUUACAUGAUAAAUUCGAAGCUACGUUACGGCUACGAAUAUCUCGGCAAUUCUUCGAGAUUAGUGAUCACCCCUUUGACGGAUCGAUGCUAUCGAACGUUGUUCGGUGCCCUGCACCUUCACCUGGGCGGUGCGCCAGAGGGGCCUGCCGGAACCGGUAAGACGGAGACGACCAAGGAUCUCGCGAAAGCCGUUGCCAAGCAAUGCGUCGUGUUCAAUUGUUCCGAGGGUUUGGAUUAUCUCGCCCUGGGAAAAUUCUUCAAAGGAUUGGCCUCUUGCGGCGCUUGGUCUUGCUUCGACGAGUUCAACCGAAUCGACUUGGAAGUUUUAUCGGUGGUCGCCCAACAAAUUCUAACGAUUCAGCGAGCUAUAUUAAGCGGGGCGGAGAAAAUCAUUUUCGAGGGUACCGAGAUCUUCUUAGACCCGACCUGCGCCAUCUUUAUUACCAUGAAUCCCGGUUACGCGGGCAGAUCCGAGUUACCGGACAAUUUGAAGGCAUUGUUCCGCCCCGUUACAAUGAUGGUGCCCGAUUACGCGUUGAUCGCCGAGAACACUCUCUAUUCCUACGGAUUCUAUAACGGCAGGCCUUUGGCAGUUAAAAUCGUGACAGCUUACAGACUUUGCUCCGAGCAGUUGAGCAGCCAGCAUCACUACGAUUACGGUAUGAGGGCUGUCAAGUCCGUGCUGAUCGCUGCCGGCAACCUGAAGCUCAGAUAUCCCGAGGAAUCGGAAGAUAUCCUCAUGCUGAGAAGCAUAAUGGACGUGAAUCUGCCGAAAUUUUUGGUCCACGAUCUACCGCUUUUCGAAGGUAUCGCGUCCGACUUGUUCCCCGGUGUCAUCCUCCCGCCCCCUGAUUAUACCCACUUGAACGCCUGCACGAUGGACGCAUGCGCCGCGGCAAACAUCCAAUGCACCAGUUUCUUCUUGGAGAAGAUACACCAGAUAUACGAGAUGAUGAUAGUCAGGCACGGUUUCAUGAUCGUCGGCCUACCGUUCGGCGGGAAAACCUCGGCUUACAGGAUGCUCGCAGGCGCUCUGGGAUUGUUGGAGGAUCGUAAGCUGAUGGACGAGCACCGGGUCGAGAUAACGGUUAUCAAUCCGAAGGCGAUCACGAUGGGCCAAUUAUACGGCCAGUUCGACCCGGCCUCGCACGAAUGGACCGACGGUGUCCUCGCUGUCAGUUACAGGGCUUUCGCCACUUCCACCAAUCUGAAUAGGAAAUGGUUGGUGUUCGACGGCCCGGUCGACGCCCUCUGGAUCGAGAAUAUGAACACCGUGCUGGACGACAAUAAAAAGCUUUGCCUCACCUCCGGGGAAAUUAUCCAGCUGGCGCCUACCACCAACUUAAUUUUCGAGCCCAUGGACUUGGAGGUCGCGUCACCUGCCACGGUGUCGAGAUGCGGGAUGAUUUACAUGGAGCCGGUCAGUUUGGGUUGGAUGCCGAUCUUGGUUUCUUGGCUGAACACUUUGCCACCCUCCUUCACCGAUCAUCUUAAGAAUCAUUUGCACGAAAUGUAUUCGAGGUUUUGUCCGUGCCUUCUGCAAUUAGUUCGCGUGUGCAAGGAGAUAAUAACGAUGCCCGAUGCCAAUCUGGUUAAAUCCACAACGUACAUGUUCGAUUGUUUCGUCGACGAUUAUUACGACGAGAAGUAUUGCCACAUGAUGACGGAUCUAGAUAUGAGGGCACAAGUGGAGGGUUGCUUUUUUUUCUCUUGCAUCUGGGCGAUGGGCGGCACUAUAACGACGGAGUAUCGCGAAUGGUUCAGCGAUCUGUUCAGAGCGUUAACGGAUCGAGAGUUUCCGAGCGACGUGAAGGAACGGUUCAAUAUCGCGGAGAUCAUCAAUCCGUCGAAGCCGUACGUGGUAAACUUGCCGAUGACGGGUUUGGUGUACGAUUAUAAGUUCGUGAAAGAGGGUAGGGGGAAAUGGAGGCCGUGGACGGACGAUCUCCAAGAUAUCCCCCCGAUACCGAAAGACAUGCCGGUCAAUCAGAUAAUAGUCCCGACGAUCGAGACUGUUCGUUACUUCCACUUGUUUCGACUGUUGAUCCGCCAUCAAAAACCUCUGCUGCUUGUUGGCCCGACAGGGACGGGCAAAUCCUCCUACAUAAUGGAGUUUCUAUUGAAGAAGAACGACCCGGACACGUACAAACCUCUUUUCGUCAUAUUCUCCGCUCAAACCACCGCCAACCAGACCCAAGACAUCAUCAUGAACAAAUUGGAUAGGCGAAAGAAGGGGUUGUACGGAGCACCGCCGGGCAAGUAUUGGAUAGUUUUCGUGGACGACGUCUCGAUGCCGCAGAAAGAGGAAUUCGGUUCUCAGCCGCCUAUAGAAUUGUUGAGGCAAUGGUUGGACCAUUGGACGUGGUACGAUCUAAGGGAGAUAUCGCCCAUACACUUGGUGGACGUACAAUUGGUUUGCGCUAUGGGGCCGCCGGACACUGGGUUGGAUUGCACGCCACGAUUCAAAAGGCAUUUCGUCACCUUGGGGAUCUCAGAGUUCUCCGACGACGUUCUCAUUACCAUUUUCACAACCAUCGUAAAUUGGUACUUCGUCACCAGAGAGUUUCAAGACUUUUUCUUCACCAGUAUCGAUUACUUCGUGAGCGGCACGCUCGACGUUUACAAAGAGACAAGGUUACACCUUUUACCGACACCGGCCAAAUGCCAUUAUUUGUUCAACUUGCGAGACUUCUCGAGGGUGAUCCAAGGAGUGUUGCUUUGCACCCCCGAAACCGUCCCCGAUCCCACGAGUUUGAAACGACAAUGGGUGCACGAAGUGUUACGAGUUUACGGUGAUCGAUUGGUGGACGACCAUGACAUUAAAUGGCUCGUCGAACAGAUGCGGACAACCAUGAGGCUGUACAUGGACGACGAGCUGGAUAACUUGUUCCAAGAUUUAAUAACGGAUGACACGGUGACGUUCAUGGAACUUCGAAAUUUGAUUUACUGCGACUUCCACGAUCCUUUCGCGGAUAAAAAAUUGUACGUGGAAGUGAAAGACUUAGAUUUCCUCACCCUCGUUGCCGAGGAAUAUCUCGAGGAAUAUAAUUCGAUCUCGAGGACACCGAUGAAUCUCGUCCUGUUCAGAUUCGCCAUCGAACAUCUGUCGAAGAUCAGUCGUAUAAUGAUGCAACCCCGGGGCCACGCGCUGUUGAUCGGCGUGGGCGGUUCGGGGCGUCAAUCGAUGACGAAAUUGGCGGCCCAUAUCUCCGAUUACGAAUUAUUCCAAGUGGAGAUAUCCCAGGUGUACGGUAUUUACGAGUGGCACGAGGACGUGAAGGAUAUCCUUAGGAAGAGCGCGUUCUCCGACCUCCACACGGCAUUCCUCUUCAUGGACACACAGAUCAAAGAGGAGAUAUUCCUCGAGGAUAUCAGCAAUAUAUUGAACUCGGGCGAGGUCCCCAACAUAUUCGCCGUGGACGAGCUGUCCGAGAUAUGCGAGAAGAUGCGAGUGAUCGAUCGGCAGAGGGACAGAGCGGUGCAGACCGAUGGGAGCCCCGUGGCGUUGUUCAAUUUCUUCGUGCAGACGGUACGCGAACAGUUGCACAUGAUAGUGAGCAUGUCGCCGAUCGGCGAGAAUUUCCGGGCCAGAAUUCGGAAAUUCCCCGCCCUGGUCAGUUGUUGCACGAUCGACUGGAUGCAAGCCUGGCCCGAGGACGCCCUACUAGCCGUGGCGACCAAAUUCCUCGACGAGAUCGAUCUCACGGAGAAGGAGAGGGCCGCGUGCAUCGAGAUGUGCCAAUUCUUCCACACGUCCACCCAGAACUUGACCAAAGACUUUCUCAAGAAGGCGAGACGUUACAACUACGUAACCCCGACCUCGUACCUCGAGCUCAUCAACACCUUCAAGGAUUUGCUCGCGAAGAAGAGGAAGGAGGCUUUGGACGGUAAAAAGAGGUACGAGGCGGGGCUGGAAAGGUUGGACAGUACCCACAAGCAAGUGGAGAAGAUGCAAGAGAUUUUAAUCGCGCUACAACCCAAGCUUCUUAUCGCCGCUAAGGACGUCGAAGCCAUGUUUCUCGAUGUCGAGAGGGAGAGCAACGAAGUGGCUGCCCUGGAGCUAAUCGUGAAGAGCGACGAGGAGGCCGCCAUGGAAGUGGCGAGCGAGGCGGACGCCAUACGCGCGGAAUGCGACGCGGAUCUGCAGGAAGUGAUGCCCAUAUUAAACGCGGCGAACGCAGCCUUGCAAACCUUGACUCCUCAGGAUAUUCAAAUAGUGAAAUCCAUGAAACGUCCCCCGGCCGGUGUUCGACUGGUGAUGGAGGCGAUUUGCAUUCUAAAGGACGUGAAACCGGAAAAGGUUAAAACGCCCGAGGGGGAUGUGGUGGAAGAUUAUUGGAAGCCGUCGCUUCGCAUAUUGACGGACAUAAAGUUCCUCGAUUCCCUGAUCCACUUCGACAAGGACAACAUCCCGGAGAGAAUCAUGACGAAAAUUCGCACGACGAUAUUAACGAAUCCGAACUUCGACCCGGAAAGGAUAAGGCAAGUGUCGACGGCUUGCGAGGGCCUGUGCAAAUGGGUGUUCGCGUUGUCCGAGUACGACAAAGUGGCGAAGAUAGUUGCGCCUAAGAGGAAAGCCUUGGCCAUAGCGGAGGCCGACUACAAGGAGGCGAUGGAACAGUUGGCGUUGAAGAGGGCUCAGCUUCAAGAGGUGAGGGACAGGUUGGCGAAGGUCGAGGAAUUGUUGAAGAUACGCAGGGCCGAGUAUCAGGCGAUGACGGACGAGGUGAACGUGUGCGAGGCGAGAUUGAGAAGGGCGAGGGAGCUGAUCGGCCGGCUGGGAGGGGAGUACACCAGAUGGUCCGAUACGGCCAAGGAAUUGGGCGAGCGUUAUUACACUCUGACCGGCGACAUUCUGAUCGGUUCCGGGAUCGUGGCCUAUCUAGGAGUGUUCACCACGCAGUUCAGGCAGGAACAGAUCGAAAACUGGGUGCAGAUUUGCACAGAUUUGGAAGUGAUCUGCACCAAGGAUUACGAGCUCGCCCCUAUACUGGGCGAUUCCGUUCUGAUACGCUCCUGGAUCAUCUUCGGUCUGCCCACCGAUCUGUUCUCCAUCGACAACGCGAUAAUCGUAACGAAUUCUCGCCGGUGGCCGUUGAUGAUCGAUCCCCAGGGCCAGGCCAACAAAUGGGUGAAGAAUAUGGAGAAGGAUAACAACGUCCACGUGAUCAGGCUGACCCAGGAAGAUUACAUGAGAGUUUUGGAGAACGCUAUCCAGUUUGGUCAGCCGGUCUUGUUGGAGAAUAUCGGCGAGGAGAUCGAUCCCGCUCUCGAACCGCUUUUGAUGAAACAGACCUUUAAAUCUGCUGGCGCGGAGUGUAUCAAGGUCGGAGAUUCUAUUAUCGAAUACUCUCACAAUUUUAGAUUUUACAUGACGACUAAAUUGCGUAAUCCUCAUUAUCUACCAGAAGUGGUGGUGAAGGUAACGCUGUUGAACUUCAUGAUUACGCCAAUAGGCCUCGAAGAUCAGCUCCUCGGGAUCGUGGUCGCUAAAGAGAGGCCGGACUUGGAGGCCGAGAAGAAUCUAUUGAUCAUUCAAGGAGCCGCCAACAAGAAAAAAUUAAAGGAGAUCGAGGACGAGAUUCUCAGGGUUCUGCAAACCGUGGAGGGGAAUAUCCUCGAGGAUGAAACGGCCAUCAGUAUACUAAGUUCGUCCAAAAAUCUUGCCAACGAAAUCGAAGCGAAACAGAGAGUGGCAGAGAUCACGGAAAAAUCUAUCGACGCCGCGAGAUUGCAGUACACGCCCAUAGCCAUCCACAGCACCGUCCUCUUCUUCACGAUCGCCGUUCUGGCGAACAUCGAUCCGAUGUAUCAAUACUCGUUGAUCUGGUUCGUGAAUCUCUUCAAGAACUCGAUCGACAACACGGAACGCGUGGAAGAUAUAGAGCAACGACUCAAGGAUCUCACCAAGUACUUCACGUACUCCCUCUACGUGAACAUAUGUCGGUCGUUGUUCGAGAAGGACAAGCUUUUAUUCUCCCUCCUCCUUUUGAUAAACUUGCUGUACAAGCAGGGGAAAAUCUCGAUACCCCAAUGGAUGUUUCUGUUGACCGGAGGCGUUAGCCUUGAGAAUCCUUUCGUAAAUCCCACGACUUGGCUACCAAGGAAAUCAUGGGACGAGUUGUGCCGUUUGGACAGCGUUCCAGGUUUCGAGGAAUUCAAAUCCAACUUCGAGCUCCAUCUGGACGAGUGGAAAGUCAUAUUCGAUCAUAUGGAGCCUCACACUUUAACGUUCCCCAAGCCUUAUGAAAAUAUCAGCUGUUUCGAGAGAAUGGUCAUACUGCGAUGCAUUCGUCCUGACAAAGUGGUGCCGGCCGUUCAGAAAUUCGUGCAUGAGCAAAUGGGAUCUCAGUACAUCGAGCCGCCGCCCUUCGACCUGAUCUCGUCGUUCGCCGAUUCGCAUUCCUGUAUUCCUCUCAUAUUCGUGUUGACGCCUGGCGCCGAUCCCAUGGCGAUUCUACUGAAAUUCGCGGACGACCAGGGUUUCGGCACCAACCGCCUCUUCUCCCUUUCUUUGGGUCAAGGGCAAGAAGUUAUUGCCGAGCAUCUCAUAGACGAGGGGGUGAAAAACGGCACCUGGGUCGUCCUCCAGAAUUGUCACCUUGCCAAGAGUUUUAUGCCAAUGUUGGAAAGGAUCUGCGAAACUUUCACCCGAGAAACCGUGCAUCCGGACUUUCGUUUGUGGCUGACCAGUUACCCCGUCGAAUAUUUCCCGGUCAGCAUUCUUCAAAAUGGCGUCAAAAUGACGAACGAGCCGCCCAAAGGGUUGAGAGCGAAUAUAAUCAGAUCUUUCUUACUGGACCCGAUAUGCGACGAGGAUUUCUUCGAGGCGUGCAAGCAGUCGGAGGUGUUCAAGAAGCUACUCUUUUCCCUCAGUUUCUUCCACGCGAUCGUUCAAGAGCGGAGGAAAUUUGGACCGAUCGGUUGGAACAAUCAGUACGAAUUCAACGAGACUGAUUUGCGGAUCAGCGCUCUGCAGUUGAAAAUCUUGCUGGAUCAAUACGAUGACGUUCAAUUUACCGCGUUGAAAUACUUGACCGGCGAGUGCAAUUAUGGCGGUCGAGUGACGGACGAAUGGGACAGGAGAACGUUGAACACGAUCCUCGAUAGAUACUAUCGCGUGGAGGUCAUCGAGGUGAAGGAAUACCAAUUCGACGCGAGUGGUAUUUAUUACAUACCCGAAGUCUAUCAGCACGAGAAAUUUCUCGAGUAUAUCAGAUCUUUACCAAUGAUCACUACACCAAGCGUGUUUGGGAUGCACGACAACGCAGAUAUCAUUAAGGAUCAACAAGAGACCAGCUUGAUGUUCAGCUCGAUAUUGGCAACGCAGAUUAUUCAGGAUAUCAAGCCGAGGAGUUUAAGAAGAAGGAUAAAGGACACCACGGAAACGGAGGUAGACGAGGAAGGAGCAUCACCCGACGACGUCGUCUACGGUAUAGCGUCCGAUAUUCUGUCAAAGUUGCCCGACGACUUCGAUCUAGACGUUGCGCUCGAGAGAUAUCCGACGCUGUACGAGCAAAGCAUGAACACGGUGCUGGUACAGGAAAUGGGAAGAUUCAACAAGCUUCUGCAAACGAUCAGGAGUAGCCUCAUAAACGUUCAGAAGGCGAUCAAAGGUCUGUUGAUCAUGACACCGGAUCUCGAGGAGGUCUACGUAUCGAUAAUCACAGGAAAGAUACCAAUUAUGUGGAUGCAUCAUUCUUAUCCGUCGUUGAAGCCGCUUGGCAGUUAUAUUCAAGAUUUCUUGGAUAGGCUCGCUUUCCUCCAGAAAUGGUUCGUAGAGGGGCAACCACCGACAUUUUGGAUCUCCGGUUUCUAUUUCACGCAGGCGUUCCUCACGGGUGCGCGUCAAAAUUACGCGAGGAAAUAUAUGAUACCGAUAGAUCUCCUCGUCUACGAUUUCGAACCUCUGAAGGAAAAAGAAUUCACUACACCGCCCGACGAUGGUGUUUACAUUUACGGUUUGUUCCUGGACGGAGCCCGCUUCAAUUUGGAUACGAUGAAACUCGACGAAUCGUUCCCGAAAAUUUUGUACGACCAUGUCCCUCACAUUUGGCUAAUACCAAUGAAGAAGGAAGAUAUACGCGAAAGGCACACGUACACCUGUCCAGUGUACAAAACCACGGAGAGAAGAGGCGUUCUAUCGACUACCGGGCAUUCGACCAACUUUGUAAUCGCCAUAUGGCUGCCGACGGAUCGAGAUCCGGAGCACUGGAUACUUCGAGGCACGGCCAUGAUCUGCCAAUUGUCCGAUUAAAUCAUCCUCCCCACAAGGAUUCGACGUUUAUUUUAUCGCUUGUCGCUUGCGCAUAAUCUCGAGCAUCCUCGUCUACGUUAUUAGAUGGUGGAAUUAGCUAUUCGAGGAUUAAUUCGACUCCUCGACGAGAGAAGAUCCCGCCUCGUACAGAUACAUCGUGUAAUAAAAGAAUAAAUUAAAAAUCGAAAC